CCGUCACCUCCCAGCCACUGCCGUGCUGGCCGCAGACACGGGCCGCACCAUGAAGCCGUCCCUCCUGCCUUGGGCCCUGCUGCUGCUGGCGACGCGCCCCGGCCCAGGCCCCAGGCCUGCAGCAGGUGCCCAGGGGAGCUGCGCCCACCGCUGUGGAUUCCAGGAUGGGCUGUGCUCCUGCCACCCGACUUGCUUCGGCCUGGCCAGCUGCUGCUCGGACAUACGGGACUUCUGCCUGGAGAUCUCACCCUACUCGGGCUCCAUCAUGGGUGGCAAGGCCUUUGUGGUGCAGCAUCUCAACUGGUCCAGCCCUACUGACAGCGUGAUCUGCAGCUUUAAGGAGAGCAUCCAGACCCGCGGCUUCGUGGACGCCUCGGGACGUGUGCACUGCGUGUCACCCUUGCUCUACGAGACCGGCCGCAUCCCCUUCUCGCUCUCCAUGGACAAUGGCCGCUCCUUCCCGCGCUCGGGCACCUGGCUGGCCGUGCACCCCAGCAAAGUGUCGGAGUCUGAGAAGAGCCACCUGGUGAACGAGACCCGCUGGCAGUACUACGGCACCGCCGGCACCCAGGGUAACCUCAGCCUGACCUGGAACACCUUGACGCUGCCUACGACCUCCGUCUCCAUCGAGCUGUGGGGUUACGAGGAGACAGGGAAGCCGUACUCCCAGGAGUGGACAGCAGCGUGGUCGUACCUGUACUCCUUGGCCACGGACAUCACCAACUCUGGCUCCUUCACCUUCACACCAAAACCUGCAGCUCAGAACUACCAGAGGUGGAAAGUGGGUGCCCUUCGCAUCGUCAGCAGCAAACAGCACGCAGGGGAGAAGGACGUGCACGCGCUCUGGAGCAACGAGCACGCGCUGGCCUGGCAUCUAGGCGAUGACUUCCGGGCGGACCCCGUGGCCUGGGCCCGAGCUCAGUGCCUGGCCUGGGAGGAGCUGGAGGACCAGCUGCCCAACUUCCUGGAGGAGGUGCCUGACUGCCCCUGCACCCUGGCCCAGGCCCGGGCUGACUCUGGCCGCUUCCAAGCGGACUACGGCUGUGACCUCGAGCACGGCAGCGUGUGCACCUACCACCCCGGGGCGGUGCACUGCGUGCGCUCCGUGCAGGCCAGCCCCCUGUAUGGCUCAGGCCAGCAGUGCUGCUACACGGCGGCCGGCACCCAGCUCCUGACGGCGGACUCCACCAGCGGCAGCACCCCGGACCGCGGCCACGACUGGGGCGCACCCCCAUACCGCGUGCCGCCCCGCGUGCCCGGCCUCUCCCACUGGAUCUACGACGUCCUCAGCUUCUACUAUUGCUGCCUGUGGGCGCCCGAGUGCCCCCGCUACAUGCGGAGGCGGCCCUCCAGCGACUGCCGCAGCUACCGGCCCCCGCGCCUGGCCUCUGCUUUCGGGGACCCACACUUUGUGACUUUCGAUGGCACCAACUUUACAUUCAACGGCCGCGGCGAGUACGUGCUGCUGGAGGCCUCGGGGACCGACCUGAGGGUGCAGGCCCGGGCGCAGACCCGGAUGACGCCCGAGGGUGAGGCCGGGCCCUGGGGCUCCGGGUGGCUCAGGGGCCUCCCUGGGGAGGGCGCGCUGAGCCGGGCGGACCCCGUUUUGCUUGCACCCCUCAUCCCAGGGUCUCAGGACCGAGGCACAGGGCUGACCGCCGUCGCCGUCCAGGAGGGCGGCUCCGAUGUGGUGGAGGUCCGGCUGAGGGAGGGGGCCGGGGCCCUGCAGGUGCUGGUGAACCAGGAGGUGCUCAGCUUCGAGGAGCAAAGCUGGAUGGACCUGAAGGGCAUGUUCCUGUCGGUCACCGUUGCGGACAGAGUAUCCGUCAUGCUGUCGUCGGGGGCCGGCGUGGAGGUCAGCGUCCAGGGUCCGUUCCUGAGUGUGGCGGUCCUGCUGCCCGAGAAGUUCCUCACCCACACACGCGGCCUCCUCGGGACCCUCAAUGACGACCCCGCGGACGACUUCACCCUGCGCAGCGGCCAGGCCCUGCCCCCCGGCAGCAGCUCCCGAGAGCUGUCCCGGUUCGGGGCUGACUGGGCGGUGGAGAACGCCUCCUCCCUGCUCACCUACGACUCCAAGUCCCUGGUGGACAGCUUCCUGCUUGGGCCCAAGCACGACCCCAGUUUCCUGCCCCUCUUCCCCGAGGAGACCGCCUCCGGCCCCAGCCUGGAGAGUGAGGUGGCCGAACUGUGUGGGGACGACAGCUUCUGCAGAUUCGACGUGGCGGCCACUGGCAGCCUGAGCGUGGGCAACGCCACGCGGCUGCUGCACAGGCGGCACCUGCGGCACGCGCAGAGCCUGCAGCCAGUGGUGUCCUGCGGCUGGCUGGCCCCGCCCGCCAACGGGCACAAGCAGGGCGUGAGCUACCUGGUGGGCGCCACCGUCCGCUUCGGCUGCGAGAGCGGCUACAGCCUGGCCGGGGCAGAGGUCAGCACCUGCCAGGCUGACGGCACCUGGUCCCGGCCCACCCCGACCUGCCAGCCAGGGCGGAGCUACGCCGUGCUGCUGGGCAUCAUCUUCGGCGGCCUGGCGGUGGUGGCCCUGGUCGCGCUCGUCUACGUGUUCCUGUGUCGCAGGAGGAGCAACACGGCCGUCUGGGGGUCGCAGCCCUGAGGGAAGCGGGCUUGGCCGGCGGCACAAGACACACGGGGCCUCCCCGGGGCCAGAGACGAGCCUCGCAAACUCCCAAGAACGUGCCCCCCAGUACUUGGACCCCCAGAUCCCUGGCACCGUACACCUGGGACCCGGACAGCUGGUACCUGAGCCUUUACAGCCCGGUGCCCUGCGCUGGCAUGAAAGCCCCGGGCCGCGAGCUGUACACCGUGGAGCUCCCGAGGCCCUGUUCCCUACAUGCCCCUGACUCUUUCCUCGGGCCUGGGACUCCGUACUGUUGCAUUCUGAGGCCUGUCCCCGAGCCCUAAUACCCCAGCACCAGACAGUCAAAGGCCAGUGCCCCAGAUCCCGUGCCCGCGACCCCGACCCCCCCGUGUAAUGCGUCCUGGUGCCCAGCAGGCAGCCCCAGGGCCAAGCUGCCUUGCCUCCCAGACCCUGGGCCUGGCCUGAGACUGUGGGUGGGUCCAGCCUUGGGUGUGGGGAGUCGCGCUCUAAGCUCCAGGCUUGUGAUUCUAAGGCUUCUGGAACAUGUCCUGAAAUACGGCUCCCUGCCUGUCCGGGGAGAAAACAAGCCGUUGGUGCCCUUUCCCUGGUGUCCUGAUGCGCGUGUGGUUCCUGGGUUCCGGGGAGGCCCACGGUUGCCCCGGGUGGUCCCCAGCACCCAGAGCGGCCUGGGCCUGAGGCUUUCGUCCACUGGCAGGUCACCUGGGACUGGUCUCUCCCCAGCCUCUGUGUGUCCAUCUGUAAAGUGGGAUCUAGAACAAUGACCUUGUUAUGGUGGGGGAGGGGAAGGGUUCCCCGUGGGGUGCUGCGCUGGGCGCCCAGAGAAGGACAGGGCCCGCCGGCCCACCCUCCCCCUGUGUAGGGAGCAUGAAGCUGGCCGCCUGGCCCUGGGCCCCACACCCUGCCCUGGCACAGCCCCAGAGGCAGUCUGGGAGAGCAACACCCAACUGGUCCAGGGUCCCGGGCCCUUUGGCCAGGAGGGUCCAGAAGCUAGUACAGGGCCCAGGCCCCAUUUGUAGCGAGGGUGCUGAAUGGGGACCAUGGCUGGGCCUGGGCAGGGUAGGAUGGGGUCCGAUUUGUAUCCUAGGUCUCAGACGGAGAAAGCACCUGGGAGUUCGGGGUUGGAGGUUGGCACCCGCCGGCCAGGGUGGGCGGCUGUGUCUGAGAGGAGAGAGGAGCAGGGAGAUCUGGAGCCCUGGGUGGGAGGCUGUGAGUGGAGCCCCCUCGCUGCAGCGCCGAGAGUGGCCACGUGGGGGCAGCAGAGGGUAAGCGUCGUGGAGGUGGAGGCUACACGGCCCGGCCGUCGGGAGGGCAGUGCAGCUGGGCUGGCAGGCGUGGUGUGGUCACAACUUCAUCCAAGGCUCGUGCAGCCCCAGAUUUUUGGCUCCCUCAUCUGGGGGGCCCUUGCGUCAUCCCCCAGUCUCCGAGGUUGCACAGGUUACCCUGGGUCGUCCGGCUGGCACUGACCCCACAGAUCAGAGGCCAGGCCCCUCUGCCUCCUCAGCCUUGCGUGUGCAGAGGGUCCUGAGCAGAGGCGUGGGCGGGGACAGAUCCCGUCUGCAGGGACUCCUGGAGUGGGCACAGUGGGGCACAUUUGCAAGAACAGCUAACAUGGGUUGGGGAGUCCUGAGGGUGGUGCGGAGGGCACUCCAGAGGAGGCAGAUGGGGUCAGCGCUGCUUGUCCUUCCGGACCCCACCCGCCACCUUCCCGUCUCUGGACUUGCAGCUCAGGACUGGGGGGCUGAGGGCCCACCCCUUGGCCCCUAGGCAGGUACUUUCCUCGCUGCAGAUGAGGUAAGGCAGGGCUGGCCUCCCACCAGCCUGAGCCCCAGUGCCUCCCUUGCCCAGCCAGGCCGGGCCAGGCCCUUGUCAGUGAGUGAGAGUCAGGUUCCGGCUCACUGAGGGAGGGCAGGGGCAGCAUUCCCACUCCCAGGCUGGCCUCGGAGGUGUGGCUGGUUAAAGGGCUCUCCAGGUAGAGAAGCCGCCUGGGCAGAGGCUCAGAGGGCAGGCAGUGCGCGCGGAUCUGAGGGUGGCAGCAGACGUGCCCCCCCCCCGCCAGGUUUUGUCCUGAAAGCGAAGUGUGGCUUCCCUCGGGCUCCCCACCCUGCUCUUGUGCCUCUAGGGCAGGCCCUGGAGCUGCCCCGGCCCUCCCUGCAGUAGAAGGGCUCCAUUGUGGCCCCGGCCCCAGACGUCAGGCCUGCCAGUGCCAGGGGCCGGCCAGGCUGGGAAGCCCCAACACCUGGCAGGGGUUUUCCCAGGGGCCUCUAGGGAGUCUGGGGUGCUGCCAGGCCUGCGAGGGCACAAGAUCCCAGAGCUGGGCACAGACUCCCUAGAAACAUCCCCUGUAGGGACCCUGGCCUCAGAGGUGGUCAGACCACAGUCCUGGAACCCAGCGGCCAGUCUGCCGUCCCUUGUACUCGUCGGGUUCCAGGGACUUGGACAUGCAGGUGAUGGGAGAGCUGGGACGCGACAUAGAAGCUGGCGCGGGACCGUGGGCCAGGAGGCCACGGAGCCAGGCCAGGUCCCCAGGAAAGUGAGAGCCAUGCGGGGGCAUGGGGGCCUUGCCACAGAGGCAGCUGCCCUGCCGCCGGGGCCGCGGGCGUCCUGUUGGCUGAACAGCGGGAAGCGGCUGAUGCGGGGGGUGCGGACCUCUCUGCCAGGUUGCUUCCCCUCGCAGAGCCGCAGGUGACCGCCUUCCUGCCCCGGGCCAGGCCUCUGCCGGGAGACCCGCGGCCCCUGCCGCUGGGGAGGAGGGGGCGAUUGGUGCCGUGCAUCAUGGGCACAGAGGCCGGGGGUGCUUCCUGAAGGAGGGCAGCUCCAGCUGAGUUGCAGGGGACAGGAGCCGUGAGAGACGUGAGGUCCCGUGAGCGCUCUGCAGCCACGGCCCAGGCGCCGUCCACAAGCACCGGACUACAUUCCCCAGCACCCCUUGCUGGUGGUGCAGUCAUGUGACUGGUUUCUAGCAGAAGGGCUUGGGGCACUCCCAGGGCUGGUCCUUAACACCUCCACAGACACCCCCCGCCCCCCAGCAAGCCCUUCCCCAUGAUGCACGGGUGAUGAAGCCGUGCCAACCUGGGUCCCCAGCGUGCAGGGGGAUUCCCCCGCCCCCACCUGUUCACCCAUCCAGUACUGCUUUGGGAACAAAAUAUAAACUUCCCGUGUAAGCUGUAGUACAGUCGGGGGUCUGUGUGUUGCAGCAGCUGGUCCCUGGAGCUGUCCUCCAGAGGCCGAGGUGUGAGAAGGUGGCCUUAUUCAUUAGUGUUGAAGAUAAUUGCUCUGUGCCUAAGGGUUUUCAGAAUUCAGUGUCUCCUCCAGCGCUCACAGCUGUGUUAUUCACGGUAGACCGAAGGUGGAGGCAGCUUCAGUGUCCGUCAGCAGAUGGGUGGAUACACACAUGUGGUCUGUCUGUACAAGGGAAUAUUAUCGGGUCAUAAAAAGGAAGGACAUUCUGACAUCUGCUACACUGUGGAUAGACCUUGAGGACCUUAUGCUAAGUGAAGUAAGCCAGACACAAAAGGACAGAUACCGCACGCGUCCACUUACAUGAGGUUUACUGGAGCAAAUUCAUAGAGGCUGAGGGUAGGAGAGAGGUUGCCAGGGGCUGGGAAGGGGAAAUGGAGAGCUGUUGUUUUUGGCCAGUUCCCCGACCACGGAUUGCACCAUUUAAUGGGGAUGAUUUCAGUUUGGGAAGAUGAGAAAGGUCAGGCUGGGUGGUGGUGAUGGUUGUGUGACCACGUGAAUCUGCUUAAUGCCACUGAGCUGGACCCUUAGAAAUGCUUAAGAUGGUAAACUUUAUUUAUAUGGUACUACAAUAAAAAAAAUUUUUAACUCAGAAGAAUUUGCUUAACCCACCAGUCUCCAGUUGGUGGACAGUCUUCGGCUUCUUCAGACGCUGUUGUGCUCUGUAAGGAAGUUCAGGUUCACCCCCCCACCCCCCCGGGGGAGAACUCACACACGAGGAUAGGCUGGUGACAUGUCACGUGUUUUCCUCUUAGAGUUGUAGCUACUGACUUUCACCACCAGCCAGGAGGUUGCCGGGUCCCCUACACCCUCAUCAGCACGAGGAACCUUCAGAUGUUUUGCUCUUUGCCAGGUAGUGAAACACACGGAGGGGCCUCCGUCAGCCUGGCUAGGCCAGCCAGCAUUCCCAGAAUUCCUUUCCCAAGGUAUUUUGGGUUAGGACCGCAAGAGAGAUUCCCGCACAAGAUUGGGAGGGCGGAAGGGAAUUGGCAGCCGCUUUUGUAGGUCACACGUGUGCGUCUGCUGGCCCAGUGCAUCAGCUGCUCCACCUCCCCCCGGUCCACCCUCAAUCCAUCCUCCUAGGCCAGGUGUGUGACAUCGCGGGCCAGCUCCUGCAGGAAACCUUUGUCGCCCCUGGCAACAGGAAGGGACCUGGGCUUCAGCCCAUCCUCAUAGGCUCCAGUCAGCUCUGGAUCCUCCUCCCACUUCCCAUCCAUCUUCCCUCCUGACUCUGCCGCAUGGACCUCAGGCUCCAGCAUCCCAUGGGAGGCAGUGGCCUUACAGAGACCCCUUGACCAGCUCCCACAGUUG